AUGAGACUGUCUUGGUCAGGAUAUGGACGUGCGCAUUCAGACACCUCUCCGCGACAUGUUUUGUUGGAACACUGGCCGCCUUGGAUGGGACCGCGGCUGCCUGCACUCGCACACGGGUUUCCAGAUCCACCUGUCGUCAUCACUCUCCAUUCGCCGAUACAGGAUUCACCGUGGAACGAGCUGCCCCAACCGUCCCCGCCCACGACGCCCGUGCUCCUGGCGGCGAACGGUCCACCGCAUCUUCAGCUGUUACAGGCGGUUUCUCUCCCGGCUCCUUCCUACCAAGUAUCACCUCCUUACAGCGUGAUACACGAACGGGUUUGUGCAACAUCGCCUGAGCACCAAGUGACGGUGGAAUCCGUCGAUGUAGGGCCUCCUUCCAAUCCAGCAGUUGAAGUUGACACAUCGUCGUUGCAACUUGCAGUCGAACACGAGAGUGAACAAUCUUGCAAGCGCUGCAGCGAGAAGCAGCUUCCCUGCGGGCCCGGGAAUGUGCGCCCGUGCGGGCACUGCAUCCAAUUCGGACAAGGCGAUACAUGUGAUGACGCGGUGCGCCCGGACCUCGUGCGCAGAGGGCCCUACGUGGGGAUACGCACCAGUCCGACUCUGAGCGAAGCGUCUCUCUGGACCAUUGCGACGGCAGCCAGCUCUUCCCGCGCCUCGACGCCGAAGCGGAAGUUUGGCGAUUCGCAGUCGAGUGCGGGGUCAGGAGAACUUGAACUGGGUGUCGCUAAGCGCAGAAGAGACUCCGAGGAUAGCGUGGCGAGCUCACGCGCGGGCUCGAUAGAAUGA